AUGUCGCUCGCCGCCGAAUUCAAGACUGUCGCCGUGCAUAUCCGUCGCGCGGAGGUAGACAAGCCUGCUUGGAGGGACAUGCCUGCGGGAGGGGCGAGGGGAGGAGCGGGAGUGGCGAGUGCGAAGGGGUUGUUGGGGUUGCCGGCCAAGGCACUCGACCGCAUCUUCUCAGACCCGACCCUCAACCUCCGCGACCACCUCUCUCUGGCCUGCGUCUCCCGCGCCCUCCGCGCGUGCUACUACACCCCUCACUCUCCCACACUCGCACCCUUCGUCUGCCCUCCCUCCGCCCUCUGGGCCGGGUUGUGCGCCCUCCGCCCUUCGCCCGAAUACAACGCCGGUCGCCGCCUCGUUCCCGAGUCGACGGCCGUCACGGACGAGCAGCGCCAGGCGGUCGGGAGGAUCUGGACGAAUGGAGUUUGGGUCGACGCGAGGAGGAUGCAGGUGAUCAAGACUGUUCGCGUGGCCGGAGCGGGAGGGAAGAAGGGAGGGAAGAAGAGGAAGGCGGAGGAGAUGGAGCAGGAGUAUGUGCAGGCUGUGAGGAGCUUUGAGUGGGAGAGGGCGAUCAAGCUCGUCCAUGCGCUCUGGAUUCCCAAGACCGACACCAAGAAGCUCUACAAGCUCACCGACACCGAGCGCGUUCCCCUCAAGUCCCUCAAAGCCCAAAUCAAGCGCAACCCCUACGCACGCAAGACGGGCGCCCCGAUGCAGUUGUUCAACGAGGCGGCGGUCGAGAGUUUGGCGUUGAGGGUGCAUGGGGGCGUGAGGGCUCACCAGGCUUUGCUCGACAAACGCGCCGCCUCCGCCGCCAAAGCCGCCGCAACCCACCAGCGCAACGGGACGACCUCGGGCCGCUCAUCAAAGAAGGCGUCUACCUCGACGGGCCCGGAGAAGCCCGACUUGGCGAGUAUGAGUCCGCUCGAGAGGGUGUUGUGGUAUCAGCAGAUGAUGGUGCAGAGGUAUGAUUGGUUCGGGAAGGAGGACGACGAGUUUCACGAGUGCGGGUGA